AUGGCUGAUGGCACGCCAGCACCUCAGUCGGCCUUGAAACAGAUCGCCUUUGGCUCUGUAUCUGGUGUCGUCGGCAAACUCUUUGAAUAUCCAUUCGACACCGUCAAAGUACGCCUUCAAUCACAAACAGCUCAGUCACAGCAGUAUACCUCGACGCUCGAUUGUUUCAGGCGGACAGUCAAGUCGGAUGGGUAUCGUGGAUUAUACAGAGGUCUCAGUGCGCCGCUAUGGGGUGCUAUGGUAGAGAAUGCUAUGCUCUUUGUCGCUUUUGCCAAGGCGCAAGAAUUGGUACGGACGGUGCGUGGACAGGAUGCAGCACCUGUAGGGGAGACACGGGUGGUGGAUAUCAUGCUGGCUGGCUCAAUGAGUGGUGCAGCCACUUCAUUUGUCUUGACGCCUGUGGAGCUUGUUAAGUGCAGGCUACAAGUUCAAACGAGCCAAAGUCCCAUGGCUUUACCCAAAGCAGCGACGGCGACAGGUUCACGAAGGAUGCAUACCGCAGCGAUGCAACAGCCUGGCGUCUUUGCACUUAUUUCGCAAAUCCACAAGACGGACGGGCUGCGUGGAUUCUGGCGAGGGCAAGUAUCGACGCUCUGUCGCGAGUCUGGUGGGUCACUGUGCUGGUUCUCCAUCUAUGAGCUAAUGCUUCGCUCGCUCCGGCCUUCCGGUACAACAAAACAGAUGAACUCACAGACAGACAUGCUGAUGAGUGGUGCUGCUGCUGGCGUGGGCUACAACACGCUCUUCUUCCCCUUCGACACCAUCAAGUCACGCAUGCAGACCAGUCAAGCUCGAACAUCCUUUGCCGAUGUCGUCAAAGAGGUCUAUGCGAGAAAUGGCAUGCGUGGCUACUUCAAGGGAUGGGGCGUGACUGUCUGUCGAGCAGCACCUUCUAAUGCCCUCAUCUUUUGGGUGUAUGAGACGCUGUGCAAGCACUAUAUGUGA